AUGUUCCUAUGCCUCCGGGAAGUGCUGCAGCUGUUCCGGGCUGGGGCGGCCUCGCCCUCGGCCACCAACGCCCCAGUCUUGGCCUCAGUCACCGCUGCCAGGGUGGACCCUGCCGCCUCCGCUCUGCUCCUGCGGGCGUGGAGCCAGCUCGCAGCCUCGUCACCCGCUCCCCGACGCUACUUUAGCGAGGCGGCCGGAUCCCGGGAGGACAAUCCCAACUUCUUCAAGAUGGUGGAGGGCUUCUUUGACCGCGGUGCCAGCAUCAUGGAGGACAAGUUGGUGGAGGACCUGAAGACACGGGAGAGCGAAGAUCAGAAGCGCAACCGGGUUCGAGGCAUCCUGCGCAUCAUCAAACCCUGCAACCAUGUGCUGAGCGUUACCUUCCCCAUCAAGAGGGACGAUGGCUCCUGGGAGGUGAUAGAAGGCUACCGGGCGCAGCACAGCCAGCACCGCACCCCCUGCAAGGGAGGUAUCCGUUACAGUACAGAUAUUUGCGUGGAUGAAAUAAAAGCUCUGGCAUCUCUGAUGACUUACAAAUGUGCUGUGGUUGAUGUGCCAUUUGGAGGAGCCAAAGCUGGUGUUAAAAUCAAUCCCAGGCAUUAUACAGACAAUGAGUUGGAAAAGAUUACAAGAAGGUUUACCAUAGAGCUAGCAAAAAAAGGCUUUAUUGGACCUAGUAUUGAUGUCCCUGCUCCUGAUAUGAGCACAGGGGAAAGAGAGAUGUCUUGGAUCGCAGAUACCUAUGCCAGUACCAUUGGGCUCUACGAUAUUAAUGCAUAUGCCUGUGUCACCGGGAAACCCAUUAGUCAAGGUGGUAUCCAUGGGCGUAUCUCUGCCACUGGUCGAGGUAUCUUCCAUGGAAUUGAAAACUUCAUCAAUGAGGCUUCUUACAUAGACCUUUUGGGAAUGACUCCAGGAUUUGGAGAUAAAACAUUUGUUAUUCAGGGAUUUGGUAAUGUUGGCUUUCACUCAAUGAGAUGUUUACAUCGUUUUGGUGCUAAAUGUGUUGGUGUUGGUGAAGUCGAUGGCAGCAUCUGGAAUUCAGAUGGCAUUGACCCGAAGGAUCUAGAGGAUUACAAAUUGCAACAUGGGACAAUUGUUGGUUUCCCCAAGGCAAAGCCCUAUGAAGGAAAUAUUUUGGAAGCAGAUUGUGACAUACUUAUCCCUGCUGCUGGUGAGAAACAGUUGACGAAGUUCAAUGCUUCCAGAAUCAAAGCAAAGAUCAUUGCAGAAGGUGCCAACGGACCCACAACCCCAGAGGCUGACAAGAUUUUCCUGGAAAAGAAUAUUCUGGUUUUGCCUGAUCUCUACUUGAAUGCUGGAGGUGUGACAGUGUCUUACUUUGAAUGGCUGAAAAAUCUCAACCAUGUCAGCUUUGGCCGGCUGACAUUCAAAUAUGAAAGGGAAUCUAACUACCACCUGCUCAUGUCUGUUCAAGAAAGUUUAGAAAGAAUGUUUGGCAAGCAUGGUGGUGCUAUCCCAGUUGUACCUACAGCGGAAUUCCAGGACAGGAUAUCAGGAGCAUCGGAGAAGGACAUCGUACACUCUGGGUUAGCUUAUACUAUGGAGCGUUCUGCCCGGCAAAUUAUGCGCACUGCAAUGAAGUAUAACCUGGGGCUGGACUUAAGAACUGCUGCCUAUGUCAAUGCAAUCGAGAAAAUCUUCAAAGUGUAUAAUGAAGCUGGGGUGACCUUCACCUAG